CCAUACAAGUACCCAAUACAUCCACUCACUUUUUCUGGCUGCUUCAACAACACUUGUUCUCUUGUCCCCUCUUCUUUUUGUUCAUCAAAUCAAACCACCACUCUUUCUCUCUGACUCCACAAACCCACUUCAAUCUAUUCAGAUUUAGUAACCACAAACUGGUUGUUGGGUUUCUAUUAAAGAUGGGAUCUGGCGCUGGAAACUUGCUCAAAUUAAUCGCCCAAAACUUCGACAUUCUUGCAGGCCCUGUUGUUAGCUUGGCUUAUCCUCUAUAUGCAUCAAUAAGGGCAAUAGAGACUAAAUCUCCGGUGGACGAUCAGCAAUGGCUUACAUAUUGGGUUUUGUAUUCCAUGAUUACUCUCUUCGAGCUUACCUUUGCGAAGCUCAUUGAAUGGAUCCCGUUUUGGUCGUAUGCAAAGCUGAUUGUAACCUGCUGGUUGGUGUUACCAUACUUCAAUGGCGCUGCAUAUGUUUAUGAACGUUACGUUAGACCGUUUUACACGGGAAAACAGACGAUUAACAUUUGGUAUGUACCUAGAAAAAAAGAUGUGUUUAGUAAACCAGAUGACAUUUUAGCUGCUGCCGAGAAAUACAUCCAGGAACAUGGACCAGACGCGUUUCAAGAAAUAAUACAUCGCUCUGAUAGGGAAGUGAGGCAUGGAGGUGCAAGCAUCUUUUCUGAACACAAGCAUGUAUAUUGAGGUUAGUUUCGGCAUCAUCAUGGAGGAUUGGCGAGCUUGUUUAUGUGUUUAUGGUGGCUACUGUUAUUCCGUUUCUUUGACAACUUAACAUUGUGAUCUGUGAUACGUAUGAUAUCUUUGGGUUUGGAUAAUCAUCAAUCCCUGAUAAGCAUUGUAAAUAAACCGUCUUUAGUUGAGUAAAUUCGGGCAAUGGCUCCAACCACUUAUUGUCCUUUGCAA